CUCUCUCUGCCCCUCGCUCUCUCUCUCUCUCUGCCCCUCUCUCUCUCUGCCCCUCUCUCUCUCUCUCUCUGCCCCUCUGCUCUCUCUCUCUCUGCCCCUCUCUCCUCUCUCUCUCUCUGCCCCCUCUCUCUCUCUCUCUCUCUCUGCCCUCGCUCUCUCUCUCUCUCUCUGCCCCCUCUCUCUCUCUCUCUGCCCCCCUCUCUCUCUCUCUCCCCUCUCUCUCUCUCUCUGCCCCUCUCUCUCUCUCUGCCCCUGGCUCUCUCUCUGCCUGCCCCUCUUGCCCUCUCUGUCCUCCUGCCCCGCUCUCUCUCUCUCUCACCCUACUCUUUCUCUCUCUCCCCUCUCUCUCUCCUCUCUCUGCCCCUCUCUCUCUCUCUCUCUGCCCUCGCUCUCUCUCUCUCUGCCCCCUCGCCCUCUCUCUCUCUCUCUCUCUCUCGCUCUGCCCUCUGCCCUCUCUCUCUCUCUCUCUCUGCCCCUCACUACUCUCUCUCUCUCUCUCUGUCUGCCCUCGCUCUCUCUGUGCCUCUCUCUCUCUCUCUCUCUGCCCCUGCCUCGCUCUCUCUCUCUCUGCGCCUCGCUCUCUCUCUCUCUCUCUUCCUGCCCCCUCGCUCUCUCUCUGCCCCUCUCUCUCUCUCUCCCCGCUCUGCUCCUGCCCCCGCUCUCUCUCUCUCUGCUCUCUGCCCUCUCUCUCUUGCUCUGCCCCUCUGACCCUAUCUCUCUCUGUGUCUGCCUCCUGUGUCUGCCCUCUCUCUCUCUCUGUCUUGCCUCUCUCUCUCUCUCUCUCUGCCCCUGCUCUCUAGCUCUCUCUCUCUGCCCCUCGCUCUCUCUCUCCUCUCUCUCUCUGUGUCUCUCUUGCUCUCUCUCUGUCUCUGUCUCUCUGUCUGUCUCUCUCCCCCUCGCUCUCUCUCUCUCUCUGUGCUGCUCUCGCUGUCUCUCUACCCUCUCUGUGUGUGUCUGUCUCUCUGUGUCCUGUGUCUCUCUCUCUCUCUGUGUCCUGUGUCUCUCUCUCUCUGUGUCCUGUGUCUCUCAAGACCCCUCUCUGUGUGUCUCUCGCUCUGUCUGUCUGUCUCUCUCUCUCUGUAUGAAUAUGUUAACUUGGGAUGCCCAUCACAAAACCAAUCUUGAACAAAGUUAUUGCUACUGUGGUGGUCCUGGAGAUUGGUAUAUGAAGAUGCUUCAGUGUUGUCGUUGUAGAAUGUGGUUUCAUGAAGCUUGUAUCCAGUGCCUCGACCAACCAUUGCUUUAUGGGGAUAGAUUUUACCUGUUCGUAUGUUCCUUCUGCAACUCGGGCCCUGAAUACCUCAAACGUAUCCAGCUAAAAUGGGUGGACAUUGCCCAGUUGGCUUUGUUUAAUUUGUGCAUCAGCUACCAAAAGAAAUACUAUGAUUUGGAUAAAGUCAUCAUGCCUUGGAUUUAUAUGAACAGAGAGAACUUACAACUUGAUGCUCAUUUGGAAACACAUCUACGGAAUGAAGUAAAAGAGAAAGUUCUGGAAACUCUGAGAAGUCAUAAAAAACGAUUUCAGUGUGGGCGUGAAAUCAAGAAGAGUCGUAGCCUCUGGGGUUUACGUCUACGCUUGCCACCUUCUCCUCCCACUAUUGAUCUCCCAAUUGAAGGCCAAAUCACAGAUGAAGUGAUGAGUAAUUUGCAGAUGAAAGGACGCAAAAUCAAAACUUUUGUUCCUGUGGAAUGCCAAUCUCCUAUCAGGUUAAAGAGAAAAGCUGCUUCUUUAGAUAUUGAAGAAUCCCUUCUACUCAAAAGUAAAAAGCCAGCUGUGAAUGGAACUAAAAGUAACUACAGUCAAAGAAAAGCCGUUACCCAUUGUACCCUCGAUUCAAUUAUCCCUCCUCUCCCCAGCUUUGAGGGGCUCAACCAUCCCUUUAAAACUGACCUUGAACAAAAAAUGGAACUGGAAAAGAAAAAACUGAAGGAAAAAAUUUUGACCUUGUACCAAAACGGCUUUGAUCCAGCCAAACACUUGACCAAUGAAAUCAAAGCCCUCAAACCACAACCACAACCAAAACCUCCACAAAAGCAGAAGGGGCGGAGGAAAGCAGGCAGUGUCAAACUCGAGCCUCCAGCACCAGCAACAACAGAACCAGAUACAGUUAAUAACAAAAUGGACACGGACACUCCACUGUCCAACACUGACCCAUCCACAGCAGACUGUCUCAAACAGCUCAAGUCCUCAGACAGUGAUUAUAUCAACAUGGUUAACAGACUUUCAAAACGGGAGACAUUUCAUGUGCUGGCACGUCGCCAUAUCCCAGAAGGCAAAGUCCAAUAUCUCGUUCAGUGGGGAGACAUAGACAGAUAUCUUUGUAUUCUCUCCUCUCUCUCUCCCCCCUGUGCUCUUAUCUCUCCCCCCUGUGCUCUUAUCUCUCCCCCCUGUGCUCUUAUCUCUCCCCCCUGUGCUCUUAUCUCUCCCCCCUGUGCUCUUAUCUCUCCCCCCUGUGCUCUUAUCUCUCCCCCCUGUGCUCUCUCCCCUCCCCCCCCCUGU